AAGGAAGCUGCCGGCCAAUAGGCUGAGAUAAGACAAGGGUGGGCAAGACCAUAUCAGCCAACUAGGAAGGGGUGCGAUUACUGUGUUACUCAACCUUUUUGUGACGCACCGGUUUGAGCACCUUGUGUGAUUGAAGGAUCUGAAGAGCAAGCCGAGGGCGGGAAGAGUACUUGCGCGCCUUGCUUCCUGUUAAUGAGGGAAGGCGCUAAGCGGGGACAACCAAUCUGAAUCUCCCUACAAGAUGGUGUAGCUCUGCAUCUUGUCACGUGAUUUUGGUUUCAAGAUGGCGGCGGCGGCGGCAUCUGGCUUGGCGGCUGAGGCGGAUGAGUUCGAGGACGCACCUGACGUGGAGCCGCUGGAGCCGACAUUGAGCAACAUCAUCGAGCAGCGGAGCCUGAAAUGGAUUUUCGUCGGAGGGAAGGGUGGCGUUGGCAAGACCACCUGCAGCUGCAGCCUGGCUGUGCAGCUGUCCAAAGUGCGGGAGAGUGUCCUCAUCAUCUCCACCGAUCCUGCUCAUAACAUAUCAGAUGCUUUCGACCAGAAAUUUUCAAAAGUCCCCACCAAAGUAAAGGGCUAUGAUAACCUUUUUGCCAUGGAGAUUGAUCCCAGCCUAGGUGUGGCUGAACUUCCAGAUGAGUUCUUUGAGGAGGAUAACAUGCUGAGUAUGGGCAAGAAGAUGAUGCAAGAGGCUAUGAGUGCCUUUCCUGGCAUUGAUGAGGCCAUGAGCUACGCAGAAGUUAUGCGGUUGGUGAAAGGGAUGAAUUUCUCCGUGGUAGUGUUUGACACAGCACCCACUGGGCACACACUACGGUUGCUCAAUUUCCCCACCAUCGUGGAGCGGGGGCUAGGCCGCUUGAUGCAGAUAAAGAACCAGAUCAGUCCCUUCAUAUCACAGAUGUGCAACAUGCUUGGCCUGGGAGACAUGAAUGCUGACCAGCUGGCCUCCAAGCUAGAGGAGACUCUCCCUGUCAUCCGCUCAGUCAGUGAGCAGUUCAAGGAUCCGGAACAAACAACAUUCAUCUGUGUUUGUAUUGCCGAGUUCCUGUCCCUGUAUGAAACAGAGCGGCUCAUCCAGGAGUUGGCCAAGUGCAAGAUCGACACCCACAAUAUCAUAGUCAAUCAGUUAGUCUUCCCUGACCCAGAGAAGCCCUGCAAGAUGUGUGAGGCCCGGCACAAAAUCCAGUCCAAAUACCUUGACCAGAUGGAAGACCUCUAUGAAGACUUUCACAUUGUAAAGCUGCCACUCUUGCCCCAUGAAGUGCGAGGGGCUGAUAAAGUCAACACCUUUUCAAGUCUGCUACUGGAGCCCUACAAGCCACCCAGUGCAAAAUGAAACCCCUAUGGACUGGCUCCCACUGAUAUCCCCUCUGUACCAUUCCGUGCUUGCCCUUUCCCACCCCUUAUCUGCUGGAACUCCUCCCCUUCCAGCAGCCUCUCUUCUACAGAAAUUGUGUGGUUGAGAGGCUUGUGGUGGGGUUGGAAGAGGCAGAAUUUGGUGUUCCCACUUGUUUCUGCCCUAAUCCUGUUACUUAACAUCUUGGAACAUCCCAAAAGUGAUCUACACCUUACAUCCCUUCUCCUCACUUAACCAGCUAGCUAAAUUAAACUUGGGUCACUUUUUGUUUCUCUUCCACUCUGACUUCUCCUUGGAUCAUGUCUCCAGCCAUUCUGGCUGGAGUCCUAAGUCAGGUGCUAUGAUGACACAGAGACUGACAUUCUUGCAGCACUAAGGCCAUCCGUGCUAAUGGGAAGUAUGUAAAUAAACUGUAAGGGAAAGUAGUUUGCUGUUUUUCGUCUAUCAGGCUGCCACUUUCAUUUAUGCUGGGGAAUUUUCAGCAGGGGACAAUUUCAAGUUCUGCAAGGGAAACUAAGAAGCAUCUUGAAAAUCUCCUGCUUAAGGUUGUGAAAUGGGUCCAGAAUGAAGAUACUGUCUCACAAACAGGGAUUGGAAUAGAGAUGUGGCAGUUGAAAAAUAUGCCCCCCUAUGCUUUCUGAGCAUAUAUAUACAUUCUAGUCCCCUGGAGUGUCAGUCUUAUCAUAGCAUAUAUGGUCCAAAGUAUGUGUAUGUGUGUAUAUAGAGCAGUCUAUGGCAGAGACAAAAUUCUCCUAAGGGAAGGACUGUGACUCAAUAGGAGAGCAUCAUUUUUGCAUGGAGAAAGUACUAGGUUCGUUCCCCAGUAUCCCCAGGUUGAGUUGGAAGAUCUCUCUGAAAUUCUAGAGAGCCACUGUCUGUCAGUGUAGACAGUCCUGAGCUAGAUGGGCCAAUAGUCUGACUCAGUAUACGGCAGCUUCCUGUAUUCCCAACUGCUGUUCAUUGAACUGUUGUUGGGUUUUCUUUUUUCAAAAGUACAAUCGUACCUUGGAAGUUGAACAGAAUCCGUUCCAGAAGUCUGUUCGACUUUCAAAAUAUUCAGAAACCAAAGCGCGGCUUCUGAUUGGCUGCAGGAGCUUCCUGAAGCCAAUCAAAAGCCCCGUUGGAUGUUUGGCUUCCAAAAUAGUUCGCAAACCAGAACACUCACUUCCAGGUUUGCUGCGUUUGGGAGCCGAAACGUUGGGAGAACUAAACUGUUCGAAAACCAAGGUAAAACUGUAUCCCAUUGUAUGAUCAAAUGGAUGGGAGCAAGCUUGACUGCCUGUUCUCAUUUUAGAGGAAACUGGAAAAUAAACUUGACUUAAAAAUGCAAUGGACCAUUUAAUGGGAGUAUUAUAUGACCAUGGGAAUUGAGGUGGGUAAGCUAGCAAAGCAUGAUCCACCAUAACUACUUUGGUGCUUGGGGUGGCAGGCUCCCAUUGCACCCUCGAAGCUUAGGCCUUCCUUAGCAUGGCUGAACUCAGAGUAAAUUGAUUACCAGAUAAGUAAAAGCUUUUCAGCUCUGCAUCUCAACAUUCUAGGAAUCUUAAAAAAUCACAACAUGUAGAGGCAGCUGAAUUCUUUGGUACUCUGAGUCUUUCGUGGGAAAUGGCAUAUGUGGGUACAUCGACAGUGCUGCACUGACUUUGUAUUUUGUGUGGUUUUCAAAAUGCCAGGGAAUUAGGAACCUGGUGCAGGUGUUUAAAGAUACUUUGUUUUAAGUUAUGUAAAAGCAUUUCUAAACCAAUUAAAUAUUUUAAAAAUC